CCUCCCUUUAUUUUUGUUAUUCGUUCAAUUUAUAAAAGUUAUUGUUUAUUUUAAACAUUUAAUUAUAAAUAUAAAAAUAUUUAUUUAUUAAUAAACAAUACCUUACAUAUAAAUUGCAUCAGUCUUUGCCCCGCCUUCUGUUUAGGCUCCUCCCCCAAGUCCUACUUCCAAGAUCAUUAGUUUCACCCUCUGCACUGCAUUCUCACUGGCUAAAGGAAGAAAGGUUGUUUUAAAAUAUUUCAGUUAUUGGGGGCAAGUCUAUCUUCAUUUUUGAAAUCUUUGGAUUUUGAACUAUACGCAGAUGGUGCCUAAAGAACGGAUGCUUGAUAUUUCAGUUUCUGGUAAUAGGGACAACAUAAAAAAUGGUAAACCAGACUGAAGGUUAUCUUUCAGAGCGAAUAACUCGCUCUAUAACCGCUUGCCUGCUUUUUAUUUUUGUGCUCUCCACCUUCCUAGGGAAUGCUCUGGUGUGCGUCGCCGUUGUGCGUUUCCAUCAUCUUCGUUGCAAAGUGGCGUAUGUGUUUGUAGUGUCUUUGGCUGUUUCAGAUCUCUUGGUUGCCUCUCUUGUAAUGCCUUGGAAGGCUACUGCAGAGAUUGUGGGUUUCUGGCCAUUUGGCCGUUUCUGUGAAGUUUGGAUUGCCUUUGACAUUAUGUGCUCCACAGCUUCCAUACUUAAUCUGUGCAUCAUAAGUGUGGAUCGCUACUGGGCUAUUUCCAGCCCUUUCAGCUAUGAGCAGAGGAUGACAAGGGAAGUGGCAUUUAUCAUGGUUGGGGUGUUGUGGACUCUAUCUGUUCUGAUCUCGUUCAUUCCCGUGCAGCUGAGUUGGCAUAAAACUCCGGGUCAUGAAGGAGACCCAGGAGAUGCAGCUUACGAAUGUGAUGCCAGUUUGAAUCGCACUUAUGCCAUCACCUCAUCUCUGAUCAGCUUCUACAUCCCCGUCACAGUAAUGAUCGUAACAUACUCUCGCAUCUUCCUCAUAGCCCAGAGGCAGAUCCGAAGGAUAUCCAUGCAGGAGUGCGCCAUUAAGCAUGCUCAGUCUUGCCAAGGCUGCAAUAAAGCACCAGAAGAUAAGUUAAAAAGCUCAUUUAGGAGGGAAACCAAAGUCCUGAAAACUUUAGCAGUUAUAAUGGGUGUGUUCGUCUGCUGCUGGCUCCCUUUCUUUAUUCUGAACUGCAUGGUGCCAUUUUGUGAUGCUGGACAGAUCCCAUGUGUCAAUAAGACAACUUUUAACGUGUUUGUAUGGUGUGGAUGGGCUAACUCUACUAUAAAUCCUGUAGUUUAUGCUUUUAACGCAGAAUUCCGUAAAGCGUUCUCCAGCCUCUUGGGAUGUGGGAAGUUUUGCUCUCGAAAUGCCGUUCGAACAAUUGACUUCAGCGACCAACUGGUGUCGUAUCACCGUGACUCCACGAACCUUAGAGACGCUCAUCUCUUGACUCACCCCUGCCUGCUUCCACAUGCUAUCGGGGAGGAAAGUGAGAGAGAUGUGUGCUUUGAUACGGUGUCACAGAUAGCUGAAGGCCCUGAUGAGACUGAAUGUAACUUUAUAUAUGGGGAAAGGACCUCCUAUGCUAGAUCAUGGGGAGACAGAACUCUUUUUGGAUAAAGAAGAAGAGUUAUAUACUCUUGAACAUGUGAUUCAUAAUGGAUCAUCACAUAGUAUCACUGGAAUAUUGUAGAAUAUCUGUACAUUUGCUUAAGUGUUGAUGUACAUUACAUUUAAUACAUUUGUGAUGUGUUCAUUUUUUUAAUGUGAAGGACAUUAUUGUUAUUUUAUAUUAUUAUUUUUCUUACAUAGCAACAUGAUCAUGGUUUAUUAAAGAAGUCAAUGAUAUCACGCAAUGUCUGAAAAUAGUCCCCUGCUAUUGAAAUAAACCAAGGGGACUAUUUUCGGGUGCUGCGUAAUAUCACUGCGCCUGCUGCUGCCAUGUUACGCCAGCAAAGUCCUUGAUUAUAACACCAGAAUGAGAGUAUAGUUCCUAGCCAUAUCGGAAAAUCUCAAUGUUAAUUUUCCGUCUGUCUUAGUACGCGAUGUAACUACAGAAGAGUCAAGUUUUAAAGCAACACUAGUUUUUUACCUUUAAAUAAUGUCUCUAAAAUUAUUUCAGUGAUAGAACAACUCUUAACUGGACAAAUUGUACUGUUGCUGCAACCUGAGCAGCCUCCUAGCUGCUACAAGCACACUCUGAAUGUGGCGGUGGAGGGUAGGAAACACAGCCCCGCCCCUCCCCCUGCAUGCAGAAGAGUGUCUGAUACCAGGCACUGUUGCGCUUUUCAACCACAUGGGGGAGCUGUAAGUCAUUUUUACAUGGAAACUACAUAGUGUUGCUUUAAAUAGGAAAAAUAUCGAAACUAUUUGGUUUAUUUUCAGCGCAAUGCUAAUGGUCUAAUCAGAUUCAAUGGAUUAUGAUAAGCUAUGCUAAAAGUGGUACCGCCAGACCCGGAUAUCGGCUGAAUUGAUUCCAAAACUGUAAAAAUCAAAUGUUUUAUUUUAAAGGAGCUGGAAAAUUAGCAUAUUUAAAAAAGUGGAGUGUCCCUUUAAAGCUGAACAUUUCUGUGAGACUACACUUUAACUUUGAUAGUUCUUUAGAUCUGAAAAUUAAGUCAUCAUUUACUCAGGAAUGGCUAAAAAGACAACUAGUCAAAGACUUCAAACACAGAUCGUGUGGCAGGACCUGAAAAGAUCAGUUUGGUACUUAAGGCCUUCCAGUCUGAUAUAAAAGAAUGGGUAGAAAUUCCCCUAGAGAUGUGCAAGACUCGUAUCAAGUUAAAACAGAAUUGAGUUUCAAUUCCUGCCAGUAUAUAGUAUUAGUUUACGCAGGAGGUAUGUGUGUCAACACAAACUAUUAUUACUGAAGGAACAAAAUAAACAUUAUAGAACAAUAUGUUAAAUAAUAUUGAAUUAGUUCCCUUUGUAAAAUAUUGCAUUUUGAAUGUGCAAAAUUUUAGCUUCUAAAAUUAAAAUGCACUUGUUUUUUUUCUUAUGAA